CCAACGCCUCACACACACACGGAGAGAGAGAGAGAGAGAGAGAGAGAGAGAGAGAAGGGGAGGGUAGGCAUCGAAAUUCCGAAUCCCCACCUCGUCGCUCCCACCACCACCGCGGAUUGCGUCCCGUUCGAUUGCGCAGGAGUUUUUGUUCCAGGAUGAGCACCGAGUCAGGGGAGCUGCUCGGGAUCGACCCCGUCGAGCUCCGGUUCCCAUUCGAGUUAAAUAAGCAGAUCUCCUGCACGCUGCAACUCACGAACAAGACAGACAAGCAGGUCGCGUUCAAGGUCAAGACAACGAGCCCCAAAAAGUACUGUGUUCGGCCAAACAAUAGCAUGGUGGUGCCCCGGUCCAAAGCUGACAUUGUUGUCACAAUGCAAGCGCAAUGGGACGCGCCACCAUACAUGCAUUGCAAGGACAAAUUCCUUGUGCAGAGCGCCAUCAUGGCCAAGGAGAUCAUGUCGAAGGAAGUCACUGGAGACAUGUUUACCAAAGAUUCAGGCAAUAUAGUGGAUGAAGUGAAGUUGAAGGUAGUUUAUACAGCGCCAUCGUCCUCUCAAAGCGAGGGAUUUGAGGAUGGUAAUCUCGGCAGUUUGAGUUAUCAAGAGGAAACAAAAGAACCCAAAGAAUCAGAAAAAAUAAUCUCUGAGGUGAACCUCUUUUAUAUAAACAUUGUCAAGCUGUACCUACUAAAGAUCCUAGGUGUAGUACUUUUGCACUUGAAAUACUCAUACCUCAAAAGUGACCAAAUUUGUAGCGUCAGCAAUCCAUUUGCUUAAAUAUUGCAAAGAAGUAGAAGGAAUUAAUCAUUGCUCUAAAUGUAUCACUUGAGCUCAUUUCGGUAUCUGUUUGCCAUUGGAUGAAAACUUUUGAAGAUUCAGAAAUUACAGAUAGCCUAUCUUAGAUAGUUUAUCUAAUUGCAUUCUACUUGAAGCAAUCAAUACUUGAAGCAAUCAAUUUUGCCAAACCUGGAAUUGGCAAAAUGGUGCUACCUGGUGACUGAAUGUAUUACUAUGGCGCAUCACAGUGUAUGUCUGCAAUUGCUCUCAUAUGGUUAUAUUGCUCCAGGUUUGAUAUUGAAACGGGACUCUUGACUCGUUAUUUGAAAAGUGCUCAGAGAAGGCCAAUUGCAUUAGGCUCAUUCUUCCCAGCAUAUCUGACACACCUCUUCCAAGGGCAGCUCGAUGGAACUGAUUGAAUGCAAGAUGUAUUGUUCGUAGCAUGCAUCAACACAACUAGAAUUUCACUAUAUCUUGUAUAAGUAGGUUCUAAUUUUUUGGCCGUUCGCAUAACAAUUUUUGAAAAAAACAUGACAUAAUUCUAUCAGAACAUUUACGGUGUUCUUUUAUUGUUGAAUAAAACACUAAAUGCUAAGGCAUGCAUUAAUCCAUACGUCUUGUGAAAUGCUACGGUCUAGGAAAAAAGUGUGUCUAAAAAAUACAACAAUCUUUUUUCUCUAGAACUGAUAUGUGACAUUUGUGUAUUUUUUUGAAUCUUAGAAGAACUUCCAGGUUAAUAUGGACGAACUGAACCAUCUCCUCGUAUCUAAGAACUUGCAAGUUGCAGGUUAAUAGGAUGCCUGAUGUAAGCUUUGUUGGGUUCAUGUUGAAUGUAUUUUUUUGAAAUGAUAUUGUUUUUGGUGACUGUAAAAAUUAUGUGAGCAUGUUAGUUGAUUCUC